AAGUCCUGUGCAAUGAUGGACGAAGAUCACGGAGGCCGCUUGUGCGUGCCGUCAGAUCGUUGAUUAGAAUAAAUUUAUUCGAUCAUAUCUAUUAACGGUGAACCCCUCCGUGUUUUGAUUGUUGUCUUAUUGGUAUUCGCGGGUGGUUUUAGUGACAAUUCGCUUAUAGUGAAAAUUUUGGCGCGCCGCUUUUCGUCAGUUUGACGGGAGUUUCCGAAGAAAUCUUAAUGGUAUAAGUCGACAAUAUGAAGGUUCAUUGAAUCAAGAAAUCAUUGUAGAAUAAGAAUCUAUCGAUUGUUAUUACUGUUAGCUCGUAGUAGGAUGAUUGUGCAACGUGAAAAGUAUAUACACGCCCGAGCCAUUGGCGUUCGCUAAGCGGGCACACUAGAAUACGCGAGACCAGUGCCGUAAACAUCGUGCGAGUAAAUACGCGCUCUGCGUCCUCCGUGUAUACGUGUUAACGUUACGCACAAUUUCUCGAUCUUCCGAGUUUCCAUUCGACGUAACGUUAUUCUUAUAGACGUUCAAAGUGUCCGUUUCGUUAAUAAUAAUUAAGUGAAGUAAUAUAAAUAUAAAAUUUAUCUGAAAUCACGAAGUAAGGGAGGUUAGAGUCUCGAAGAGAUACGGUAUCGAGACGGUGUUGGGAAUAUCGAAAGCGGCAAGUUUUUUUUCCGUGGGUGCAAAGAAAUUUUCGAAUUUUUCGUCGGCAGAUAAGAAAGUGAUAAGAAGUCUAGGGGAGAAAACAAAAAAAAAACAAAAAAAAAGAAAAGAAAGAGUUUUUUUUCUCUCUAACAUAAAAGAAAGAUAAAACGAUUUUGGUGCCAUCGGGGGACGUUCGGUUGGCUCUGGGGGAAACAGUGUGUAUAGUCGCGCGGCAUGAGAAAAUGAUGUGAUCGACGAUCAUCAUGGCGGCACCCAUGUUAAAGUGGAAGCGGAUCACAAAUCCGACCGGGCCUCAGCCAAGACCCAGACAUGGGCAUAGGGCGGUAGCCAUUAAGGAUCUUAUGGUCGUUUUUGGCGGUGGAAACGAGGGUAUAGUAGACGAACUUCAUGUCUAUAACACAGCAACUAAUCAAUGGUUCGUACCAUUAACCAAAGGCGAUAUUCCACCUGGCUGCGCAGCCUAUGGAUUUGUGGUUGAUGGUACGCGCAUAUUGGUUUUUGGUGGAAUGGUAGAAUAUGGCAAGUACUCUAAUGAACUCUAUGAGCUUCAAGCGAGUAGAUGGGAAUGGAAAAGAUUAAAACCAAAACCACCAAAACAUGAUCCUCCACCUUGCCCACGGCUAGGCCAUAGUUUUACUCUUAUUGGAAAUAGAGUCUUCUUAUUCGGAGGCUUGGCUAAUGACAGUGAAGAUCCAAAAAAUAAUAUACCGAGAUAUUUAAAUGAUCUUUAUACGUUGGAACUUCUUCCAAAUGGAGCAACAGCGUGGGAUGUUCCACAAACCCAUGGUCAUGCACCUCCACCUAGAGAGUCGCAUACAGGUGUUGCUUAUACAGAUCGUACAACAGGUAAAUCUUGCUUGGUGAUCUAUGGCGGUAUGAGCGGUUGUCGUUUGGGUGAUCUAUGGUUUCUCGAUGUCGAUUCAAUGACAUGGAACAAGCCGGUAGUACAUGGACCUACGCCGCUACCACGUUCUCUUCAUACUGCUACUUUAAUCGGUCACAGAAUGUAUGUUUUUGGGGGAUGGGUGCCCCUUGUGGUGGAUGAUGUAAAAGUAGCAACACACGAGAAAGAAUGGAAAUGUACAAGUACAUUAGCAUGUUUAAAUUUAGAAACAUUAACGUGGGAACAACUGACGGUGGAUUCUCUCGAAGAAAAUGUACCGCGUGCACGUGCCGGACAUUGCGCUGUUGGUGUGCACAGUAGAUUAUAUGUUUGGUCUGGGCGCGAUGGUUAUCGUAAAGCUUGGAACAACCAGGUUAGGGUUUGUUGUAAAGAUCUUUGGUAUCUUGAAGUGAACAAACCACCUGCACCUUCUCGCGUUCAACUGGUCAGGGCUUCCACUCAAACGUUGGAAGUUAGUUGGGCUGCUACUCCAUCUGCACAAUAUUAUAUUCUACAAAUUCAGAAAUAUGAUAUGCCACCUACUUCAACUGGAACAUUUCCAACAGUUAGCAAUCCUACUAGUGUACCAAUUACUACAUCUGCAGUCGCAACACCUGCAACUAUACCUGUAACAACUCCUCCCAUUACGACCGUUGCAUCUCUUCCAUCGACUCCAACUUCUGCUAGAUCGUCAUUACCUCAAACUCCAGUAAGAGUGCAAUCGACUGUACAAAGUCCUGCCCAGAAGGUACCGCAAGUUACGCCAAAGGUAACGAAUCCUAUGACUCCAAGAGUAGCUGGAAAUCUCAUCAGAAUUCGAUCACCUAUGGCGACUUCGGCAGCAAGUACAACUACCGAACAAACAUCUCCUAUUACAACUGUAACUGGUCAAACACCUACUGCUAUGUCAGGAAUUGCAGCAUUAGCAGCUGCUGCUGCUGCGACUCCAAAAAUAAGUAUGAACAAUGUACCCGUAAUACCGCAAACUACGGCUAACACUAUUAGGAUGAAGAAUGUUCAACCGGGUCAGCAAAUACGUUUUGCUGCACCUGGAGCAACGGUACUACGUACUGCGUCGCCACAACAGAGUAAACAAAUAAUACUGCAGAAACCAGGUCAAAAUAUAUCUGGUCAACCCCAAAUUGUACAUCUUCUUAAAACUGGGCAAGGUAUGGUAGCCACAGUGCCUAAAGUAAGUCUCAUCCCUGGGAAAACAGUCCAAGCGACUGGAGCAAAACCACUUAAUCAAGGUCCUACAAUAUUGAGAUUAGUUAAUCCUAAUACCGUCGCAGGAUCGAAAAUAUUAACGACUAUGAAAACAUCCAGUAUUGUAGCAAUGAGUAAAGGGCAAAACAUAAGCGGGAAACAAACAAUAAUGAUUACGAAACCUGGUGGUAACGGUGGUUUAGUUGGAAGGACAAACCAAAUUAUUGUUGUUACGACAGGAUCUAGUUUAAGAGCUGUACAAGCUGUGACGACUUCACAGGCUGGUGCUGGUCAGACUGGUAGUUUAACGACUCCCGUGAACGUUUUACCUUUAUCGGCUACAAAUCAUGUUACAAAUCAACAAGGAGUCAAAAUGAUCGUUGUAUCUUCUGGGGCAAUGGGCGGGGCUACGACUGGAAAGCCAAUAACAAUAACAGUACCAGGACAGGGUGGCGUACCAAAGACCGUAACUAUUGCUACUAAAGGAAAUCCUCAAGCAAUAUUCAAUCCUGGAAAAAGUCAGAUAGUUACAAUGCCACAGAUUCAAAAGGCGUCUGAAACUGUUGCAGUUUCUGGAAAACCUGUAACACUACAAAUGUCAGGAGGUAUAGGUGCAAAAACUGUUACUUUAAUGCCCACAAGUAGUUCAAUAGUUACUACGUCUAGUGCAUCCGAAACAAUAGACGCUAGUAAAAUGCUUUUCGUUCCAUCGCAAAAACAACCAUCAGCUUCAUUGGCAUCUACUUCUGAUGGUCCAGCUACCACUGAUGCAGCUUUAGCUGCUCUAGCAGCAGAAGCAGGCUUAAUAGAUCCUGUUCAAGAACCGUCUGGUGGUUUAUCUUUCAUGGUAACCACGGAUGAUGUUACAGAAAGCGAUGGAAAGACAGAGGAUAGUUGCAAUGGUAACGAAGCAACAACAGCAGCAGCUUUAGUUUCUCAAAUGACAGGUGGUGAAUCUAUGCAAGUUGACGGGGAAGGAAACUUUGUAAUUCCACAAGUAGAUGGUCCAUCUGAUAUCGUCUUGUCUGAAGAUGAAAAUAAUAAAGCCGAUUUAGAGGAAGAACCUACACCUGAGAGUCAGGACGAACAACAACCUGCUGCAGAUUCUCAAGAGAUGGAACAAGAUGUUGGUGGUUCUGCUGUUACAGAAAAUAUUUCUAUGGAAAUGUCUCCUGUUAAAGAAACAGAAGCUCCCGCAGAAACGGCAUGUGAAAGUUCUACUUCUGCCAACGCUGACGAAGAAUUAGCGAUAGAUUCGAAAGAAAAAAUAACUGAGGUACAAAUGGAAUCUACGGAAAGUACUAACGAAACAGACAUACCAAAUGAAAACGAAAUACAAAUUAAUGCAGCAUCUGAAGAAAUGCAAAUAAAACAGGACAUCGCUGACGAACAACAACCGGUUGGAGAAAUUACACCAGAAGAAAGUGUAACUGCUACAUUGGUAGAACCAGUAGAAAACAAUAAAAGAGAACAAGAUACGAAGAAUGAAUUAAAAACUUUGACUUUUGAUUCAUAUUCGUCCGAGGAAAAGCCUUUAUCGUCUGAGCACAUAUCAGCCGAAGAUAAUAUUUUACAUCAAUCACAUAUCUCUCCAGACGAAAAUCAAGAAACAGAAAAUGUUAAAAGUGAUGCAAAUGAAUCAGAAGGAGGAGAGAUUUUGAAAAAAAAUUCUCCGAUAGAGAAUACAGCCGAUGAAGAUGAGCCUAUGCUUACAGAUAAUUCUUUGCAAGAGACACAUGUAAACGUUCAUGUUGUAGCUCCUGUUAUUCCAACAGAGUUACAAAUAAAAGUAGAAGAGUCUGAUGAAUCUAUGGAACGGGAUAAGACUCCUGAUGUAUCGGCAUCAAAUGUUAAUGGUAUAGCUUCCGUAUUGAAAGAAUCGGACGUUUCUCAGAAGCCAAUAACACCGGUAAAAGUAGAAGUUAAAGAUGAGCACAUUACAAAAAGGGAUAACGUAAAACAAGAAAAAGUACAUAGCAACAGAUCAGAGAGCGGAGAUGAUUCGACGGCAUUGACUACUUUAGCUACUGCUGCUUUAGGAUCAGCAGAACCACCUGUAAAAAUUAAAAAUGAACAAAACGAAGAAGAAAAGAAAGAAGCAGAAUGGUAUGACGUGGGUGUAAUAAAGGGAACAAGUUUUACAGUACAGCAUUAUUAUCUUCCUGGAGAUGAGCCACUAGAUAUAACACAACCGUUGACAAUGGACAUUUUUAAAGGAAGGACGAAAAUACCUCUUGAACCUGGAACUGCUUACAAGUUCAGAGUUGCUGCUGUGAAUAGCUGUGGACAAAGUGCCUGGAGCGAGGUAUCUGCAUUCAAAACGUGUCUUCCGGGAUUCCCUGGUGCUCCAAGCGCCAUAAAAAUUUCGAAAUCUGCAGAGGGUGCUCAAAUAUCUUGGGAGCCACCACCUAGUAACGUGGGACCCAUUUUAGAAUAUUCUGUUUAUCUGGCAGUUAGAAGUGCUAGUACAGCAUUAAAUAAUGAAGGAGAACCAAGAACGAUCGUGUCAACACCAAAUCAAUUAGCUUUCAUUAGAGUAUAUUGUGGUUCAAAUAAUUCCUGUUCUGUGAAUAAUAGUUCUCUAAGUGCUGCUCAUGUGGAUACCACUACAAAACCGGCCAUAAUCUUUAGAAUAGCGGCAAGAAAUGAUAAAGGAUACGGACCAGCAACACAAGUUAGGUGGUUGCAAGCAGAUCCAACUACCGCCGUAAAAAGUAAUCCACAGGUAAAACGACCUGGUCCUGAUAUACGUUCACAAGCAAGUUCACCACAAAAGAAAGUGAAAUCAGACACAGCAGGCGAUAAUUUUUCGUGAGCCUGUCGUAUUUGACUUUUUAUAACUCAAACGAGAUGCUAUUCAUUAUUUAAAUAUCCGCUGAUACACACACGCCUAACAACGAUAAUGAAACAGUGUAUUGUUUGAGCGAACAACGUGAUAAUAUGCGAAUAUAUACAAGAAUUGAAUCUGCGAUAUGGGGCAAUGAAAAAAGAAGAAGAAUAAGAAGAAGGUGUCCAUAAGUAGAAUGAUUGAGGUAUAACAUAAGAAUUUAAAAAGUAUUUUAAAUGUUCUAUAUAAAUACAAGGUCUUUCUGUACCACGAUUUUCACUCACCGUUAUCCUCCUAUUCUUUCGCAAGUAAGCGAAAAUAUUCUGUAAAGACAGUAUGAGUAUCAUUAAUAAACGACAAGAGGUAAUUAUUUUGAAGUUAA